GAUGUAGAACACAGUGAAGGAUGAAAACCACGACAGGGUAGCCUGAAUGCGUUGGAUUACUUUACAUAUUACCUACAGUUUACAACACAUGAUUACACUAGAAGUAAAAUAUUACAAUUGUGUAGAUUCGGAUUUUACUAAAUGCAAGAGGUGUGACUGGGGUUUGAUUGACAGUGAGUCACAGUGAGUGAGCUGAAGCGAGGAAAACAGUCACGCGUGAAUCGUUUAGUACACAGAGCGACACGCGUGGAAAAAACCACGCACGCCCACGCCGGGAUCUAGAGAGGAGGCAUCAAGAUAUUUCUCGCGAAAAAGCUUUCUUUAAGACACCAUCCUCCCAUCCUUUUCUGUCUCCGUCUCUCACUCCCGGACACCUGCUCAAUCUGUGCCCGCUCAUCUCGCGUCCUGAACCCGGGCAGCAGCAUCGCACCGUCGCACUAAUGAAGGAGCCUGACGCGAUCAAACUCUUCAUCGGGCAGAUCCCGCGCAAUCUGGAGGAGAAGGACCUGAAGCCGAUCUUCGAGCAGUUCGGCAAGAUCUACGAGCUGACGGUGAUCAAGGACAAGUACACGGGCGUGCACAAAGGAUGUGCCUUUUUAACAUAUUGCGCACGGGAGUCCGCCCUUAAAGCACAAAGUGCUCUUCAUGAACAGAAAACCCUGCCUGGGAUGAAUCGACCCAUUCAGGUUAAGCCUGCAGACAAUGAGGGAAGAGGAGAAGACAGGAAGCUGUUUGUGGGAAUGCUGGGAAAGCAACAGACUGAUGAGGAAGUGAGGAAGAUGUUUGAAGUGUUUGGGACUAUAGAAGAAUGCACAGUGCUGAGAGGACCGGAUGGCACCAGCAAAGGUUGUGCGUUUGUAAAGUUCCAUAGUCAUGUGGAGGCUCAGUCUGCUGUUAACAGUCUGCAUGGCACUCGCACACUACCUGGUGCCUCCUCCAGUCUGGUGGUAAAGUUUGCAGACACAGAGAAAGAGAGGGCUUGUCGGCGCAUGCAGCAGGUGUCCUCCCAGCCGGGCAUCUUCAGUCCAAUGACGCUCAACUUAAAUGGAUACAAUGCCUACACACAAGCACUGGUUCAGCAGCAGGCAUUAAUGACACAAUCUGCCUAUUUGUCGCCGGUCGCAACUGCUAUGCAUAUGCAGCAGAUGGCAGCACUCAACGCAAACGGCAUCAUAGCCACACCCAUCACCCCAAUGUCUUCUGGUACAAACACACCGCCUACUAUUGCAGCAUCGCCUGUGUCUUCUCUGCCUCCACCAGUUGGGGUCAACGGCUACAGUCCACUACCAGCAUUAGCCAAUGGACAGCAAGCAGCUGAUAUCUACAGCUAUCCCAUUCAUUCAUAUCAUGCCCAGAGUCCAGUGGCAGCGUUAGAUCCUCUCCAGCAGGCGUAUGCAGGAAUGCAGCAUUACACAGCAACAUACCCGACUGCAUAUGGAUUGAUCAGCCCAUCGUUUGCUCAGCAACCCACCCUGGUCGCUCAGCAACCCCUGCAACAGCGAGAAGGUCCAGAGGGAUGUAACAUCUUCGUUUAUCAUUUGCCUCAGGAGUUUACUGACUCAGAAAUGCUGCAGAUGUUUCUACCUUUCGGUAACGUAAUUUCUGCCAAAGUGUUUGUCGACCGAGCCACCAAUCAGAGCAAAUGCUUCGGCUUUGUGAGCUUUGACAACCAAACGAGUGCUCAGACUGCCAUCCAGGCCAUGAACGGAUUUCAGUUUGGCAUGAAGAGGCUCAAAGUGCAGCUGAAAAGGCCAAAAGAUGCUAACAGACCCUACUGAGAACGACAGGAUGGACAUGCUGAAGACAGACUACAACUUGCCGUUUAGCUGAACAGACUGAACUGAGAACACGAUUGUCAACUUGCACACUUCCACAUCUGUGCAAAAAUAAAACAUUAAAGAAUAUGUACAUAAAUCACACUCGUUUAAACACAUGCACACACAAUUGCUGUCAGUUGUAUUAUCUCAGUUAAUCUGAAGGCAGAAAAUGAUUGUGUGCAAAGAAUAAACCCAUAAAAUACUAUCUGCCUAUAUAGACCUUCAUAUCUGUAAAACGAUAUCACUAUUCAUACAGAACAAAGUGUAGGAGACAGACAAUACCAUCCAAAGUAAAAUAAAUAUAAUCCGUUUACAUAAUUUAGCUUAAAAUAAAUGAUGUAAAAAGAAAUAAAAAAUAAUAGCUUACAGUCAAAUAAUGACAGUAGUUACAAUUACUAUUACGUAAAAAAAAAAAAAGAUUUCUACUUUUUCGUAAUAAAUACGAUACACUUGGAACAAGCGGGCAAGUUUUAAAACAAAUUUCUUUAUUAAUUAAUUUAUUCGUUUAAAAAUAAAACAAAACUCAAACACUGAUUUGGGAUGUGUUUUUGUUUUUAUUUAUACAGAAACACAUUGAAGAAAUUGUAAAUCUUUAAAUGUUAAUUGUUGAAAUGGUAACUGUAAUGAUGAUAUUUAUU